ACCCGGGACCGGGAUCCUGGCCCACCCCUUUCUCCCGGUGCUUUGGAGGACCAGGGAGGUCCAGGCCCCGCUGCUUCGGGACGCCCGGGUCCGGCCACUCCUUACGCGGCUGCAGAGCGCCUCUGUUCCCGCCCGGCCGGUGGCUAGACCUGGGCCCGCCCGGCUUUCGAUGGCAAGAUUUUCAUAAUGUAUCUAAUAUGAGUCCCACAUCUUGGCGUCGUUCUCAGCUCCACUUGCUGGAGAAUAAAUGGGAUUUGCACAGAUUACAAACAGAACUGAAAUACAGACUGCAGUGUUAAUAUCCUUUCCUUCUGGUUGUUAUUAACAGACAAGUAAAUGUCGUCAGAAGACCGAGAAGCUCAGGAGGAUGAAUUACUGGCGCUGGCAAGUAUUUAUGAUGGAGAUGAAUUUAGAAAAGCAGAGUCUGUCCAAGGUGGAGAAACCAGGAUUUAUUUGGAUUUGCCACAAAAUUUCAAGAUAUUUGUGAGCGGCAAUUCAAAUGAGUGUCUCCAGAAUAGUGGCUUUGAAUACACCAUUUGCUUUCUGCCUCCACUUGUGCUGAACUUUGAACUGCCACCAGAUUAUCCAUCCUCCUCCCCACCUUCAUUCACACUUAGUGGCAAAUGGCUGUCACCGACUCAGCUCUCUGCUCUCUGCAAGCACUUAGACAACCUGUGGGAAGAACACCGAGGCAGCGUGGUCCUGUUUGCCUGGAUGCAGUUUCUUAAGGAAGAGACCCUAGCAUAUCUGAAUAUUGUCUCUCCUUUUGAGCUCAAGAUGGGUUCUCAGAAAAAAGUGCAGAGAAGGACAGCUCAAGCCUCUGCCAGUACAGAGGUAGAUUUUGGAGGAGCUGUUGGACCUGAUGCAGACCCAGAGGAAGGAGUGGAUGAGAGAGCUGUGCAGGAUGUGGAGUCAUUGUCAAGUCUAAUCCAAGAAAUCUUGGACUUCGAUCAAGCUCAGCAGACCAAAUGCUUCAAUAGUAAAUUAUUCCUGUGCAAUAUCUGUUUCUGUGAGAAGCUGGGUAGUGAGUGCAUGUACUUCUUGGAGUGCAGGCACGUGUACUGCAAAGCUUGUCUGAAGGACUACUUUGAAAUCCAGAUCAAAGAUGGCCAAGUUCAGUGUCUGAACUGCCCAGAACCAAAGUGCACUUCAGUGGCCACUCCUGGUCAGGUCAAAGAGCUAGUGGAAGCAGAGUUAUUUGCCCGGUAUGACCGCCUUCUCCUCCAGUCCACCUUGGACCUGAUGGCAGAUGUGGUGUACUGCCCCCGCCCAUGCUGCCGGCUGCCUGUGAUGCAGGAGCCUGGUGGCACCAUGGGCAUCUGCUCCAGUUGUAAUUUUGCCUUCUGUACCUUGUGCAGAUUGACCUACCAUGGAGUCUCUCCAUGUAAGGUAACUGCAGAAAAAUUAAUAGAGUUACAAAAUGAAUACCUACAAGCAGAUGAAGCCACUAGAAGAUUUUUGGAACAGAGAUAUGGGAAGAGGGUGAUUCAGAAGGCCCUGGAAGAGAUGGAGAGUAAGGAGUGGCUGGAAAAGAACUCAAAAAGCUGCCCAUGUUGUGGAACUCCCAUACAGAAAUUGGAUGGAUGUAACAAGAUGACAUGUACUGGCUGUAUGCAGUAUUUCUGUUGGAUUUGUAUGGGUUCACUUUCUAGAGCAAAUCCUUACAAACAUUUCAAUGAUCCCGAUUCCCCAUGUUUUAACAGGUUGUUCCACGCUGUGGAUGUUAAUGGUGAUGUUUGGGAAGACCAGAUUGAAGACUAGUGGACUCCUGUUCACAAUGUGGAAAUGGACUUGUUUGCCCGUCUUUCCUCAAGUACACUAAGAAACUUCUCAGGAUUUUAGGGUACCAUGCAUUCUCUCCUCCUGAGUAGAAGGAAGAACAAGAUUUAUAUUUUUAUUUGGUACCAUUGACUAAGGCAUCCAUUUUUUCACUUAACAUAAAUUGAUAAAAUUAUAAGCCAAAGGUUCAGAAAAUGAAAACUACAGAAUAUUGAAUAUUAUAUAAUGUGCCCAAAGCUCUAAAUAGUUAAAAAUAAGUAUUUAUUUUCUUCCCCAAGAUGUAGAUAUGAGGGUCAAGAGCCAAACAUACAGACUAUCUCCAAGAAGCAUCCCUCUGAGACAUUCUAUUGUGGCCCCUUCAGUAUACCACAUACCACUGGGGUGGGUAGCAGUCUUAUGAAAAUUAUAUUGAGAACCUUAACUCUUUCAGUACAUGUUACCUUCUUCCCAACCUAAACUUCUGCUAAGUUCUUUUCAGAGGAUCCUUUAAUCUGUAACUGCCUGGAUGGCCCAGUGUCACUUUGAUCUACUACUUUUUAGAAUAGAAAUUUAUAAUAAUUUAAAAAUAUUUUUAAAUAUCACAAACACAGCUUGGUGUGGUGGUGCACACCUGUUAUCCUGACACUCAGGAGGCUGAGGCAGGAGGAUUGCUUCAUGUUUGAGGUCCAUGUGAGCUACAUAGUUCGAGGCCAGCCUGAACUACAGAGCGAGACCCUGUCUCCAAAACAAAACAAGCCACACAAGCACUGUAGGUCACUUGAUAUUUAUGAGUGGUAUAUAUAACCCACUGGUUUUGAGCUAAAUCUACAAUGUAAUGAUACUGGCUCAGAAGAAUUUCUGCCCUAUCCUACUUUCCUGAGCAGUAGAGCUUAGAGACAAACCUUUUUUGUUCCACAUUUUCUCCCUUUACUCUUCCCCUGCCUCUGUUGGUAAGGACAAUGUUAAUAUUAACUCCAGCAACAUGUGUUUUUAUUUCAUCUGCUGGAAUAAGAGAAAGCCUAAUAUAUUCCCAAGGUUGAAAAGCUGAAUAUUUUUUGAAUUACUCUGGAUUUUGAACCUGUACACAGCACUAUAGUUCUGGUCCUAAUUUUCCGACUUAAGAAGUCUUCUCUAAUCAGCUAUGGGAACUUGGCUUCCUGUCUUUU